CACCUACAGUGCAGUGCAGGCUUUAGCUAAGACCAUCACAGCCUUGCUCACUUGAUCCAGAGGUCACCAAGUUGUCAUGGAGACACCAGGUGUAACCACUGUGGGCUUGGGGUUGUGUGUUGUGCUGCUGAUCACUGGGUCGACUGGGUCAGUCUGUUACCCCGCAGUGGAAUCACUGGACUUAGGAUGCCUCCUGCGGUGGGAUUGUCCCCAUGCCAGUCCUAACACCACCUUUACCGUGCAGACAAAGACACAGGGAGGCCCCUGGCAGGACGUACCCUGGUGUGUUUGGGUCCCGUCCCGCAGCUGUGACGUCUCGCAGGCCUUCUCAAACUUUGAGCUGUACAACAUGAUUCGUCUGGGCGUCCACCUCAGCCCCAACUCCACCAUCUGGAUGAAGCCACGCAAGUUCGACUACAGUGACUUCACCUUCAGCCCUCCCUCUGUCUCAGCCUCUUUGAAAGAUGACCAAGUGUUGGUGAAGGUGCAGUACCCCUGUGCUGCCAACAAGAGGUGCUCCCCGGGGAGGUGCUGUCCCAUUUCUGAACUAAUUGACCCCUGGACCACAGUGACUGUAUACAACGAGCUCAAUCACUCUGAGCACCAGAGCCGUACUGUUUGGACCCAGGAGGUGGUGUCCCAUGUGGAGUUCUCAGGCUUGGCUCCGGGUCAGAACUACUGUGCUGUGGCCAACUAUUCCUUCCCGACCUUCUCCAUUGCUGCUUCCCCAAAAUCUGCUCCUCAGUGUUUCGCGAUUGUUUCCAAAUCAGGCCUGCUGCCUGCGUUGUGUCUAGGAACAGGGCUGUUUUCUCUGCUCCUUGUUCCACUUCUAACUGUGUUCCUGAGAAGACUCAGACAAGCUGCGCCAACCACUGAAAAUCAACCCAAGACUCCGGCAUCUGUUCACGAUCCAGUCUCUUUGGUCCCUCUUUCACCGGUCCCUGUCCCUGUCGACCCUUGUCACAUCCACCUGGAAUUCACAGACGAUCAAAAGUCCAUUGAUUCCUCCUCCAUCCAGGACCAGACUUCGACACACACCACUGAUCCUCUCCGUCACGACCCCAGCUCAGGUGCAGCGUACUGGGACAGCAGCGGGAAGAAGCUGGUAUCAGCCUCCCACCUGUGCCUCACCCUAUGAGGAAACAGGGACAAAUGGAGACUGAAAGGAUAAAAGACAGAGAGCCAUCUUACUGCGAGUGUUGCUCUACAAAGUUUGCAUCAGCGGGGGUCUGUAGGAGUCUGAGGUUUGAAAUAGAAGAGGGAGUUACACU